UCCUCUCAGUGUCGCAGCGCCGUAUCUGUUUUACGACAGAUGGAACGGUGGGUGCCGUCAAGUGUUUUCCUGCACACAUGGUACACAGUUCGCCAUGGAGGCCAGAUCAAGAAAGAAAUCAUUCUCUGUUAAAGAUGGGAAGAAACCUGCAUUCAAAGGGAAAGGCAAGCCUGAGGGAAAGUCUCCUGGUAAACAUCCAUUCAAGCCUCACAACUCUGACAGAAAGAAGACUUUUGGAAAAUCUGGAGGAAGUGGGGGACCACAGAAAUUCAUGAAACAACUUCCUGCAGAUAGAAAGAAUGCCAAAAGAAAACUAUCUGAAGGGGAUAUAAAAGAGGUUGAGGAAAGUGAGCCAAAGAAACCGAAGUGGAAUGAGUUGAAGCAAAAGAAGAAAGAGCUAAAACAGAACCGACAACAGAAUGAUAAGAAGGGGACGUACCCCAUUGUGAUGAGAGCCAAACAAGUGUGGGAGAUAGUUAGACGGAAGGACUGUGAUAAAGAAAAGAGAGCAAAGCUGUUGAAAGAACUCCAAAUCCUUGUACGAGGCAAAAUUAAAACGAUUGCGUUUGCCCAUGACUCGACUCGAGUACUUCAGUGCUUAUUUCAGUUUGGAAAUGAUAAGCAAAGACAAGAAAUCUUUGAUGAGCUCAAAGAUCACAUGGUGGAAAUGAGCAAAUCCAAAUAUGCUAAAAACAUUGUAAAGAAAUUUUUAAUGUAUGGGAACAAGCAGCAGGUCGGGGAGGUGAUGCUGGCCUUUAAGGGUAAUGUCAGACAGAUGUUGAGGCAUUCAGAGGCUUCAUCUGUGGUGGAGUAUGCUUACAAUGACAAAGCCAUCCUCUCACAGAGACUCAUGCUUACAGAGGAGCUCUAUGGCAACACAUUUCAAGUCUGCAAGUCUUCAGUAUGUUCUACGUUAGAUAAGGUUCUGGAGAGCAAUCUAGAGAAACAUGAGAGCGUCAUGGAAGAAAUGCAGCAGAUACUCACCCCAAUGGCACAGAAAGAAGCGGUCAUUAAACAUUCACUCGUCCACAAAGUGUUCCUAGACUUCUUCCUCUAUGCACCAGCCAAACAGAGAACAGAGAUGAUCGAGUCAAUAAGGGAAUCAGUUGUAUACAUGGCACACACUCACGAUGGAGCUCGUGUAGCCAUGCAUUGCCUGUGGCACGGCACAUCCAAGGACAGGAAGGUUAUUGUGAAAACACUGAAGACCUACAUGGCACAGUUUGCAAUGGGAGAAUAUGCACACCUAGUUCUCCUUGCAGCCUUUGACUGCAUCGAUGACACCAAACUGGUCAAACAAGCCAUCAUAUCAGAGCUGUUGAGUUCACUGUCAGAGAUCAUCAGCAAUAAAUAUGGCAAGAAGGUGCUGCUCUAUCUUCUCAGCCCUCGGGACCCAGCUCACCUAUUACCAGAAAUCAUUCAAGUUCUGGAGAAGGGUGAUGGCAAUGUUCACAGUAAAAAGGAUGUGGCUCUGAGGCGGCAGGAGCUGUUGGAGGCGGUGUCCCCUCCAUUACUGAAGUACCUGUGUGAGAAUGCACGCUCCAUGGUGAUGGAUAAGGCCUGCAGCGUGGUGGUCAGUGACAUCCUGGGAGCAGCAGUCGGAGACACCCGACCUGCCAUGGAGGCUGUGGCUGAGCUGGCUGCUGAAGACUUUAUGGCCGGUGGUGUAGAAGGCCAGUUGCACAUGGCUGAGCACCCUGCUGGACAUCUUGUGCUGAAAUGGUUGAUUGAGCAGGACACCAAGAUGAAGGCAGCAGGACAAGAAUGUUUCUCCAGAGUUUUACUGGAGAAGGUGGGGUUAGAAAAGCUAAAGACGUGGGCUUCAGUCAACCGUGGGGCCAUUGUUCUCUCCUGCCUCCUUCAGAGUGCAGACGAAGAAGUUGCAGAAGAAGUAAAGAAAGCUUUUCAGCCCAUUAUUCCUAAACUACAAAAAAUAGAGAACUCAAAAGGAGUGGAAGCUCUGCUCGAGAAACUGGCCUAAAAAAAGAAAGAAUAUUGGUAUUGAUCAACGGCUCACAUUUUCACACUGUAUCCUGACAGUGCUGGAGUGCAAGACCAAGGUCGUAACUCAUUUAAAGGCAGCCAGGCUUGCUUUUCCCACAGCCUUGUCUUAGUGUAAUUUACAGGGGGGGAUUCUCAGUUGAAAAUCCUGUCUCCUUCUUUAGGACUUGGCUUAAGCAGUCUUUAGUUUGUAAUUAUGUGAGACAACCCCAGUCGAGUUGUGCAAAGGAUUUUCUACUUUCUUUUUCCCUUUUUUUU